AUGUCUUUCAGCAACACGAAGGUCAAACUGUUCGUGGCGUAUGCUGAAGGAGUUUUGGCAUUUCGCACCAUUGCCAGAAAAGGACCAGAGCCAAAUACCAUUAGUUGUCUCAAGGACCUAGACCAAGAGAAGACAUGCAUGAUUGCAGAUGCGGCAGAUAUGUGCCUCAUGCUCAGCAAGGGCUUGCAAAGCCUGACGAGGUCAUCAUACAAGCAGGCUCUGUCACGGACGCAUCCUGGUCAGAUGAUAAGGACUGUCGAAGAUUAUACUGUCAUUGGCGCCUCCCAUAGCACCAUACUCGUGCUCAUGAAUCUUUGCAACUUGGCCGGCACCUCUCAUCCCCACCUACGGAUCAAGUGGUUUACGCGGCAUGACCUCCGCUACACCAAGGAGCGUGAUGGCAGGAUCUUCCGCGACAACACAGGCCUUAAAGGCGAUGUGGCCACAUGGGCCAGAGCAAAUCUUGAGCAGCACAGGCUGCCUCAGUCGCCAGUAGCCAAAAACCUCCACAAGAUAGGGACCACGUUAGAGGGCGAGAACUCGGCCUAUCUGGCUCAUCUGCCAGAUUGUACCCACGUCAUUCAAGCCGUUGGCUUCCAACGGAGUCCUAUCCCAAGACUGAGGGUCAGCGGCAUCAUUCUGGACGGCUUGUAG